GAGAGUGGAGUGCGCGGUUAUCCGGAGUAUCCGGACGGCCAUUGCGAUUGCGAGUAACUUGUGCGAAGCCGCGAGCGCGAUCCCGUGUCGUGCGGCACGUAAGCGAGUAAUUUCGGUAGACCGACCAUCAUCCCUGGUAGUAAAGUGCCCCGUGUGAAGCUCGGGACGCGCACGAGACCCCGGCUCGAUGGCUGAGACCGACAAAUUGAAUAUCGACAACAUCAUAGCUCGGCUCUUGGAAGUACGAGGAGCGCGACCAGGCAAGAAUGUUCAGUUGACAGAGGUAGAGAUUAGAGGACUGUGUCUUAAGUCACGUGAAAUUUUUCUAUCGCAACCCAUCCUUUUAGAACUUGAAGCACCGUUGAAAAUAUGUGGUGAUAUUCACGGACAAUACUAUGACUUGUUGCGAUUAUUCGAGUACGGUGGCUUUCCUCCCGAAAGUAACUAUCUUUUCUUAGGAGAUUACGUCGAUAGAGGGAAACAGUCAUUGGAGACUAUCUGUCUCCUUCUUGCCUAUAAGAUCAAAUACCCAGAAAAUUUUUUCUUGUUAAGAGGAAAUCACGAAUGCGCGUCCAUUAACAGGAUAUAUGGAUUUUACGAUGAAUGUAAACGUCGUUACAACAUUAAGCUAUGGAAAACGUUUACCGAUUGCUUCAAUUGUCUACCCGUUGCCGCGAUAGUGGACGAAAAGAUAUUUUGCUGCCAUGGAGGCUUGAGUCCGGAUCUGCAAAGCAUGGAGCAGAUCAGACGUAUCAUGCGACCAACGGAUGUACCUGAUCAGGGAUUGCUCUGUGAUUUAUUGUGGUCUGAUCCCGAUAAAGAUACUAUGGGUUGGGGAGAAAACGACCGUGGGGUAUCGUUCACUUUCGGCGCAGAAGUCGUUGCCAAGUUUUUACACAAACAUGAUUUCGAUCUUAUAUGCCGUGCGCAUCAGGUGGUGGAAGAUGGUUACGAAUUCUUUGCCAAACGGCAGUUAGUGACCCUGUUCUCGGCUCCGAACUACUGCGGCGAGUUUGACAAUGCAGGUGCCAUGAUGUCGGUGGACGAGACUCUCAUGUGCAGUUUCCAAAUUUUGAAACCGGCCGACAAGAGGAAAUUCACUUACGGUGGUCUGAAUGCUGGACGGCCUGUGACGCCACCGCGGGGCGCGAACAACAAAAAUAAGAAGAAGUGAAAUCCUUAGGUUUAUCUUUUCGAAUGCGACGCUUAGAAUCUUACAACUGCUAUCGCCCGCCGACCCACCAUCUAUCAAGACACUAAGACCUUGUGUGUGAGAGAGAGAGAGAGAGAGAGAGAUAUGAGUUAUAAUAAUUAUUAUUAUAAUUAUAUUAUUAUUUUUGAUUGACUACGAAGCCUGUGGAGGUAACUACAAAAAGUCGGGAAUACAUCUAUCAGAAAAUCCGGAGAGGCGUUGCUUUUCACAGAGUUUAUCAAAAGUAGUAAGUGAUAGUGCGUAGCUAAACGUGUUACCGUAUAAAACAAAAUAGUAGUGAUAAAACCAAUCGGUCAAUCAUAAGAUUAGAGAGAAUUUUACGUGGUCUUACGACAUUCUUAACACGUGCGAAAAGUAAAAAGUAGAGAGAAAGAUAGGCACUUUCACUGUACGUCGUCUUUCCCAUUCAUCGAUCGUAACAUCUGCAUCUUGUAACUUGUUCGUCAUUUGCAUUUACACUCACUAGUCUCGCAAAUAUCUGAUUACUCGAGAAAAGACGCGACCUCUUUUGAUCACUUUACACCGUAAGAAAAAUUGACAUGAUAAUAGUGUUUUACACACACACACACAUUCACACGCACGUACAUAGCGUUCUCGCUUCGUUUCAUUAUGUAAGUAUGCUGUCAGCAAAGAUAUCGAUACACAAAUAAUGAACUAGCGAUCAUCUAAACUUAAUUCCCUAAAAUAUAAUAGGUAUUUAUAGCUUGAUACUUCUGUAAGUUGCACAAAUUUAUAAACGACAUCUAUUACGUCAUACCUACUUUUAUAAAUAUACAUUUAUAUAUGUGUGUGAAAUACAGAGAGAAACAGUAGAGAGAGAGAGAGAGAGAGAGAAAGAGAAACAAGAUUUUGUUUUAAGAGCAAGUGUCCGUUAGAGUGUUUUAAGAGAAGCGUUAACGAAAUACUAAUAUGCACAUUAUAUAUUGUCCUGCGAAGAACAGGAAUAUUUGUAUCGCGGUUAUUAUGGUGGCAAGGCUUCUCUGGAUUACGUCCAACGAUGCUACAAUGUCCGUAUAUGAACGUGGGAAGAUAUUAAUCAUGUGAUGUAAAUUAGCACACGCGAACGCGCAUCGUAUAACGAUUGAUGUCACACUAAUGUCAUUGAUGAUAGGCGAUUCUAAUUUUCGAAAUAAUACGAAAAGGAAGAAGCCUUUUGCGGUCGGGGGACAUUUCAUUUCCCGAUCGAGACAGUCCUGUUAACAGGACGACGCCGUACUACUGUUAGUAUCAUCUUCCUCCCCCUCCCCUUCCCUCGCCCCCAUGCUCCCCCCUACUAUGUUCUCAUUUUAUUCGGUUCCCCGUUCAUCCCAAUCUUUGGCAACCCUAUUAGUCAAUCCACAGAUUAAUCCUCGAUAAUACAGAAGAAAAAUUCGAUAGCUACGAGAAACUACGACGCGAGGAUCUUAGUACGGGAUCUUGAGACCGAUCAUGUUCAACUUCCUUUCUUCAUACUUGUACAUUAAUUUCUUUUUUAUAAAUAAAAUUCACAUAAAAACAUCCAUCAUAUUUCUUACACAAGUCGAUGUAUCGCAUCCAUCAUCCCGACGCAACCGACUAUUUCUAAUAUGCGAAUCACGAGUUUUACUCGUUCCAAAAUCUAUCCUUUCCUCCUUUGAGGAGCAAGUAACUUUGCACGUGACGUGUCACUCUCGAUCUUGCCCAUCACGAAUACCUCAUAUGUAUCUAUCGAACGCAUAACACAGGUACUACCUUAUAUAAGUAUAUGAUACUACGCAUACGCUCUCGUGACACAUUCAUUUAUUCUUUACACCUGUACGCGUAUACGUUCGUCAAAGGUAUACGUCUGUAUCUAUAUGUAUAAAAUUUGGAGUGUAGCUCUUCAAGUUUUGUUAUUAAUCUUGUUAUGUUUAUAGAUAGGUCGUUAGACUCGAUGGUUCCGGCAGAUGUAAUAUUUUUACCUAUGUCACAUUCGGGGAGACACGUAUGUUUGUACAAGGGCUAAACAAUAACACCAAUCGUUAUCUCUUCGUCUUAUUAAGCUCCUUAGCGACGCACUUUCGUCAUCGUUUGUACGUCCAGAGAGUUCAACUUCAAUUUACGGUACGCGGUGAACGUUGUUAGAACCGUUGAUCAGCAACAGUAAGAUGUCUAUAGAGUCUAGGUACGUAGUACUUUUCAAAAUGGAACGUAUUAUACGCAUAUGCCGAAGCGAGAAAGCGGGAGAGGGAAGAAAGUUAAAAAAAAAGAAAGAAAAGAAAA